AGUGUUAUAUGCAGCUAAAUGUUGUGCUAUAUGAAGAGUUGCCAUUAGGGGGCAACAGUGUUCUAUAUUAGAGUGAGUUCUGUACUGAAUAAAGCAGUAAAAGAAGUGAGUGAAUCAGCAAACAGCGUGUGAGUGUUGCUCUGUGUGUUACGAUAAAAUUGUUUAUAUACAUACAUAAGCAAGCAACAUAAUAUAUAGUGAUUGAGUUUAUGGCUCGCUAUUAUGCGGAUCAGGAAGCUUUUCGCGUCCAAUUGAAAAGACCUUACGGCACGCCCCAUAUCUUUCCGACCUCUUGCCACGCCCAUUGCUCCAGCCUGCAGCUACCUCUACUUACGCGUUUGGAUAUUUUAUAGUUGUAGCCUACUUUCGUUUAGAUGUAUUCAGGCAAAUAAGUGAUAUCGAAUAACUGGAGUGUGUUGGGAAUUGCGGGAAAUCUGAUUCAUGUGACGGACGGGUCGUUUAAACGAUUAUUGUUCCAGACAGUUUAGAAACGAAAACAGAAACAUACGAGGGUAGGCCUACGCAUAUAAUUUUUCACCUUCUUGGGCUACUUCAGGUAGAGAAUUAAUUAUUAGGCUACAUGACGAAGAAGAAGAUCCACAGUGUGACAACCAAAUGUUUGCAAAAAGAAGAAUGGAUUCUGCAAGCAAUCAAAAUGAUGUAUAUACGAAGCUUGAAUUCGGAUCAGUUGCAUGCCCAGGAUUAAACUCAGCUGUGGUUGAGGAGAUCUUACUGAAUCUGCCUGCAGAGGAUGUGGUAUUAAAGUGUCGUUUAGUAUGUCGUGAAUGGAAGCAGCUGGUGGACACACAAUCACACUGGAUAGAGCGCUGUCGGAGAGAGGGGUUCAAGCCCUGCGAUGCGUCCAGACCUCCAGCGGACUGGCGUCUGUUUUACUUUCUGUCUAAGAAAAGACGUAACUUACUAAAAAAUCCCAGAGCUGAGGAUAAAUUCAAAGGAUGGAACAUUGUAGAGAAUGGUGGAGACGAAUGGAAAAUAGAAGAGAAUUUUAAAGCACUUCCAAAUGACAACAAUGAGAAAUGCUUCGCCACCUCUUAUGAGUUGUGUUUAAAGCAACAGCUGAUUAAUUUAAAAAAAGAGGGUUACAGUCCUGCUUUCAUGGAUCGUCUGCAACCUGACAUCAAAAUAUCAGACUGGUACGCCCCACGCCGGGAUUGCGGGUGUCAUUAUGAGAUCUGUGUAGAGCUGCUAAAUCAUAAAAAGAAACCCAUCAGUGUCUUUCAGCCUGAAAAAGUUUUCUUUGAACAGUGGAAUGAUCAACAAUGGUGUCAAAUGACACACGUCUUUAAGAAUUAUGGACCUGGAGUUCGGUUUAUUCGUUUUACUCAUGGGGGACAGGAUACACAGUUCUGGGCAGGCUGGUAUGGAAUACGGGUUGUAAACAGUAGUGUAGAGAUCUGUCCGGAAGAUGGGUCACAGCAUUUUUCAGUCUGAAUUUAUGUUCUCUGAAUUUCAGCCUGUUUACAUUUUUAACCAAAGAUAAAGAAUUCAUAUACUGUUGUUGCCUUAUGUAUAACAUCAUGCUAUGCAUUUUAAUGGGAUGUAUUAUAUAGAAUAUAU